GCGAGGGAUUGCAGAUCCCUAGGUCGCGUGUUCGAUCCACGCUCGGUCCUAACACUUAUUCUUUUGAUUCUUUUUGCCAUUGCUUGGCGAUCUCAUCUUACAUAUAGCUCCUCCGAUUGCUUACAUCGAGCUGUCAGCUUAUUUGUUUCAAGAAUGCUCUGAGCGAUUAAUGUUUUGAAAUUUAUUGUCUUUUCUUUUUGCUAGAAUACCAAUUGUUUCUGGCUGAUUUAUCACGAAAUGGCUUCAGGCUUGUUCUCUAAUGUCUCUCCAUGGCAUAUUCCCGCCAUGUUUAUGGGCACCGCUUUCACUCUCGGUGGUCUUCUUCCUUUGAGAGCCCCAGACCGUGCUAUGCGCGAGUACGGGUUGCCUGAGGGCAUCGUCAGGUCAGAGCCAGCGCAAUUAGCAUUUGGUAUCUACGGCACUCGUGUAGCUGCUUAUGGCGUCGCUCUGUGGACGUUCUAUCUUCGUGGUGAAUACCAUGUAGUUGAUACGCUUAUGAGCUUACUCUUCUUGUGGGGUGCUGCUGAUUGUUGGAUUUGUAUCAAGGCUGGUGUGCCCAGGACAGCUGUUUGGAGAUUUGUGAGCAGUGUCAUGAUUGGCGGGUAUGGAUAUCUUGGAUUAACUGCGAAGGGAUCUCUAUGAAGCUCUGCUUUGCAUAGGAUUGUUUGGAUGGAUCUAGAAGUUGUUGCCGAACAAGUCCCUGGCUUAUCGUCUAGCUUCCGCCUCAUCUCGUUGAUUAAUGGUUAUAUCAAAUGCGCAUUUACAACACAGCAUCAUUUUCUGUACGAAUUGGUUAAUGGUACCUCGAGAUCUCUCAAAAUAAUUAUGAC